UGCACCAAUAUCUACAUGUAAUCGCAGCCUGUGUUGAUUUUGAAUUUGUGUUCUAACAAGUUGUUAUUAGAUCUAGGGUUUCUACAAAACUAGCAUCUUAGGGUUUUUGAUUGGUUAAAUCUCGAGUCUAGUUACGUUCGGAUGUGUUCGUAUCGUUUUGCCCUAAUUACUGAUUAAUUUUUUGAGCCCUAUGUAGUUAGUUGCACAGGGUGGUUUGUGAUGUGAAUAUACACAGCCGAAAAAGAUGACUGGUAAAACCGGAGUACAUCCGGAUUGCAGAAAUUCGUCAAAUCCGUACCAUGAAUGUUCUGAAUUUUGCUUCAAGUUUAUUGCUGAGGCCAAGAAAUUGGCUGCUAAAAAUGAACCAGCUGGCUUGAAAGCUGAAACCAGAAGCUCUCAACCGACUUCAAUUACAACAUCUGUUCAAACUGAGCUCCCAGAUAAUGAAAAAAGUGAACCUGAUGAUCUUCCAAGUGGCGAUGACAACACCACCACUGAGGAUCAACCACAAGUGGACUUCACUAAGCUUACAGGGAAACAAAAGAAGCUAUUUGAGUUGAGGCUGAAGAUGAACGAGGCAAGGAAAGCCAAUCAAAGUGCCAUGGUGGCAGAAAAGAAAAGAAAGGAUGGUCCACAAGAGUCGAGGGGAAUUUCAAAACAGAAGUGGUUGGAUGAGAGGAAGAAGAAGAUCGGGAAACUUCUAGAUGCAAACGGGUUGGAUAUGAAAGAAGCAUAUAUGUUAGAUACGCAGCAGGUGGCAGAAACAAAGUACAAAAAAUGGGAGAAGGAACCUGCUCCAGCUGGUUGGGAUGUGUUUAAUCAGAAAACCUUGUAUGAUGCGCACAAGAAAAGGACAAAGAAGAUUGACGUUGAUCUUGAAGAAUACAACAGAAUGAAGGAAGCAGAUCCUGAGUUUUACAGAGAAGCUUCAAGUCUGCAAUAUGGAAAGGCACCUAAAGUUUCAGAGGAUAAGAUUGAAAGGAUGGUGAAGGAGCUAAGGGACAAAGAUGAGAAGAGGAAUGCGUUUAGUAGGAGAAGAAGAUUUCAUGAAGAGAAGGACAUCGACUCCAUUAAUGACCGUAACGAGCAUUUCAAUAAGAAGAUUGAACGCGCGUUUGGCAGAUACACGCUCGAGAUCAAGAACAAUCUCGAGAGAGGAACUGCUUUGCCUGAUUGAUUCGAAGGUAUUUGCGUUUCUUGCAUACUUUUCAUGUGUAACAAUAGUUGAAUGUGCGCUUUCGUUACUGGAUUGUAAGCAGAUAUUGUAAGUCUUAAGCAAUGAUAGCAACUUGUGUAUUUUGGUAUUAAUUUAAGACACUGCCUUGCUA